CGAGACAGCAGUCAAGUCAACUCAACUUGACUGACUAAAAGACAAGACAAAUGGACGAAAGUUAGGAAUAGGGUUGUACAAAUAAGUUAUGGCGUUUAUGUCCAGUAAAGUAAAUGUAGGAAUAUCAGGGGUGCACAAUUUUCCUGUUGAUAGAUUAGUGCGAGUUGGAUAUUACGAACUUCAUAAGACUAUAGGUCAAGGAAAUUUUGCUGUUGUGAAACUAGCCACUCAUGUUGUGACCAAGACCAAGGUGGCAAUAAAGAUAAUAGACAAAACCAAGUUAGAUGAAGAUAAUUUAAAGAAAAUAUUUAGAGAAAUUCAAAUUUUGACAAAACUAAGGCAUUGUCAUGUCAUUAGGCUGUAUCAGGUAAUGGAGACAGAAAAAAUGAUAUAUUUAGUGACUGAGUAUGCUAGUGGUGGAGAAAUCUUUGAUUACCUUGUUAAAAAUGGUAAAAUACCUGAAAAUGAAGCAUGUCGUGUCUUUCAUCAAAUAGUGUCUGCUGUAAGUUACUGUCAUAGUCAACAUAUUGUACAUCGAGAUCUUAAGGCUGAAAAUCUUCUGUUAGAUGAAAAUAUGAAUAUUAAACUGGCAGAUUUUGGAUUUAGUAAUCACUUUGUACCUGGAGAGAUGUUGUCCACGUGGUGUGGGAGUCCACCCUACGCAGCUCCUGAGUUGUUUGAGGGCAAGCAAUAUGAUGGGCCUAAGGCUGAUAUUUGGAGUUUGGGGGUAGUGCUGUAUGUAUUGGUGUGUGGUGCUUUGCCUUUCGACGGCACAACAUUGCAGUGUAUGAGAAAUAGAGUCAUGGCUGGAAAAUUUAGAAUACCUUACUUUAUGAGUGCUGAUUGUGAACAUCUCAUAAGGCACAUGCUGUUGGUGGAUCCUGACAAGAGACUGUCCAUCAGGCAGAUUCAGGCUCAUAGGUGGAUGUCACAAGUAGAACACACAGAGGAGCCUCUGAGGGAAGACAGGGACAGUCCCUCCUUGAACAAUGUUGUCAUUGAACAUAUGCUGCAGCUGCCUGGACUGGACAAGGAUAUGAUAGUCAAGUCAUUAGCAGAGAAUUCAUUCGACCACCUGAGUGCAAUAUACCACCUCCUCGUGGACAAAAUAGAGAGGAGAAGUCGUUCAUCGUUUGGUGUGAUUGCAAACUCUGCUCCAAUCCACCAACAGUUGAGAAGAGCAAGCAUUACCACAGGAGUGGUGGAGAGAGUGAAUGAAGCAGAUACCAACAGUCCUCUCUUAAUGUCCAUGCCAACAAUGCCAGCAAUGCUGCUCAUGCAAGACUCCCUUCAACUCGAAAAGUUUAAGGACGUGGAGAGUGUAGACACUGAAGGCUAUGAGGAGAAUAGCAAAGUAAAAUAUGAGGACAAGUCACAGUCUCACUACCAUGUGACUAUGAGGAGACACACUGUAGGACCUGGCGACUGUACACACGAGCAGGUGUUGGAGGCCCAUUACAUGAAGCAAGGAGGACAUCAGUUGAAUAUUUUACCCAACACCAACCUCCCUCAGAACAUACCCCUGGUACAGUACCAGCCACCGCACAACUUCACCAUCAAGGAUCAACAUCUGCUCAAGCCACCUCCAGUUCUGGGAGCCAUGGGUGGGUUCGGACGUAGAGCAUCAGAUGGAGGAGCUCAUCUACAGAGUUACUCUCAGAGAGCAGUCAGUCAGCCUGGAAGUCAGGAGGAGCUCAAAGCUUUGCAGCCUGGCAGUCCGGCUCUGUCACAAAGGUCGCAGCCUAUCACAGGCUGUGGAGAUGUGGGCCAGAUGCAGUGUUCCUCGGACUCAUCAGAUGGAAAUGUGGAGGAGAUGUUACCAGAUGUAUAUGAUGUUGAUAUGUACAUGAAAGGACGAGGCAGUAUGCAGAGACACACACUUGGCACUAGUGAGGAGGCCCAGCGUAAACAGCCUCAGAGCGCCACAGCACCACAGCCCAGGACAAGGCGUAGUGGUCUGCUUACAGUGAUGGAGCGCCCUCCAGUAAUUAGUCCCGAGCUGGUACAAGAGGUGGAGUCCCGCAUGAACCGCCAACACACCCCCCCACUGCUGCCUGUUGUAGCAGCCCCCACACGGACCCGCCUGCGUAAGCCACAGAUCUCCGCUCUGCCCACUGUACAGGAGACUCACCGUAGCUCAGGUGGUCGUGAUGGACUAAAGGAGCUGACUAGUCUCCACCUGCCUGGAGAGAGGUACAGUCCAGUGCGCAGGGCUAGUGUUGGCAGCACUCAUUGCACUACAGAUACAUCACUAAGAGAGCUGCAAAUGGAACAUCACCAGUUACAGCAGCAACAACAGAGGUACGACCCAGCUGAGAUGCAACUGCGGCACUGUCUAGACAUGCAGCAGAUGAGGAACACCCCCCUGGGCUCCCCGUCACCCUCACCACCCCACCAAGCUAUCAGUGGGGGUAUGUCUCCACUCACCCCUGCUGGAUCGCCAAUCCACUACUCGGGCCAAGGUAGUCCAAGCAGGUUCAUGGAAUCGAAUGGCAGCACCACCCUCACACAACAUCUACAGAGGCUACAACUACACCAGCCUGAUGUGUAUACUGCACCCUCGCCUGCCACUGCUCAAGGCUCAAUAAUCCAAGGCACAGCGUACAGUCCCAACAAUGGCAACUCAGGUGCUCUGGACCUCAGACUGACUCAACCUCUACUUCACUCCAGUCCUUCGCCUCCCCUCACCCGCAUUCAGGAGGAGGUGUGGCCAGGUGAGGGAGUGAGAAGUAACACUCGUAGUGGAGGCAACCCAGUGAUCUCAGUGACAGAUGAGUCUGGUGACCAACGAAUGAUUGGAGAUGACAACCCUACGGAGGAAACACUAGACACCAUCCCUGCACUCAUAAAUGCUGAUCACCUGCAGAAAACUGUGAGUGGGUCAUUGUCGGUGGCUCUGUCAGAGUUCUGCUCCAGUCUGGCCACAGAGCAAGUGUUAUCUCUGGUGUCUCGUGUGGUCAAUGCAGCCGUGCCUCCCACCUUACAUCACCUCAGUCAAGACCAUUCCUCCCUGGCACUGCAAUACCCCUGUGGCCUUCAGGUGGAAUUGCAAGUGCUUACCCACAACGCACAGCUUAAAAUGAGAAGGAUAUCAGGAGACCAAGGCCAGUACAGUGCCUUGUGUCAGCAGUUGGUAGCCUGCAUGUCCAGCUAAUGUCACCUUCCUGUGGGCCCAGGCACAGGAAGGUAGCAAGAACACCUGGGCUUCACAAGCAACUGAUCAAUUCACCAUGAGUGCAUUUUCGGACUCUCUAUUCAGCCUUCAAUUUUUAUUGUGAUGAAGCUUAUUUAAGACUAGUGAUUGUUGGGCUCUUUUUAGCCUGUAUCUUUAUACAUUCCAAACUGAGUUAUUUUUUUCAUAUUUGAUUUCAGAGUGUUGUUAAAUGAUUUGACAACAAUAUUUUUACUGUUUCUUGUCUUUGAGUUUAUAAUAAUUAAUUGUUGUAUAUUUUAGUAAUAAGUUUAUGAGAAUAAUGUGCUGUUGUAAAUUCAGAGUUUGAGUUUAGCAUUUUAUUGUUAAAUUUGGAGUUGAUGGACAUAUUGUUUUUACUGCCUUUUGGGAAAUUAUCGACAAAAAGAGCUCAAAUUUUGUACAGAUCAGUGAUAAAGUUUUCUUUAUUUUCAUUUUGAUUGGUUUUUAACAUUUGCUUAGUUUCAAUAUUUAGAAUGUCCUUGGUUUUUACUUUGGCUGUAGUUGCAAAUCCGUUUUUGAUGAUAUGAACAAUGUUUUUAUGGAGGAAGAAUCACCGAGUCUGAGUAAUUCAUCAACUUUGGUAAACAAAUAUUUUACAACCAAAGAUAAUUAAAUUAUUCAAACCUGAAAACCAUGUGCAAACCAUGAAUUUUGACGACAAUGAAAACCCUAGACUGUCCCUUGAAUUUUGAGGUUAAAUCUUUCUGAAAUUCUACAAUUUUAACAAAAUAAGCACUACUCAAGAUCUUAACCAAGAUGAAAUAUUCAAGUUAUUUUAUUCUUCCUUGCAGUUUUUACUAUUAUAUUCAAUUGUAUCACUAACUAUCAUGAACAAGUCCUACAUAAGUCAAGCAAAUGACCAGGAUUUGUAGUAUUUUCUUAAACAAAGGCAGUUUUAGUGUCUUGUUUGUUGGAGAUCUUGGUGAUUUCCACACCUUGAUACUUUCACGUGUUUCUUCAUUUAUGAUUGGAAUUUUCCAAUAGGCUUUUUGAUUUGAAGCUGACUGCUCAUCAAGAUGAGUUUAAAAUUUAAUUUUGUACAAGUGUUGUGUGAUUUCCACCAUUUUGAACAACGGCUAUGAGAACCCAGUCCAAUUUGUUAGUAGCAAUUAACCAUUUAUUUAUAACAUGUGAAUGCCAAUAAUUUAUUUUGUCUGUUUAAAUAAAUAUUGUGGUAUUUAUCUUAAGUUGCUAGCAAUAGCAUUAUAUCAUCUAACAUGAUAGGAGGAAAAAUACUAGGUUAAGGUAACAUUAAAAAGGAAUUUGUUUAUUAUAAAUCCAGUGUUGCAACCAGUCCAAAAGAUACAAUGAGUCCAUUUGUAUUAUUUGUUUGAAAACAAAUUUAGUUAUUAAAUUUAAAGUUUAUUUAAAACCUAAGUGAUUGUAAAUCUAACCAAUAUUGUAUAUGAAAUAUAACUAAGCCUAUGGUCUCCACUCAGGCAGUGUACCCAACAGGGCAACCUUGGGUUUAAAAAAGGAAACCUAAUGAAACACGAAGCUUCUAGGUCUAGGAUUCAGGUCAUAAUAUGCUACAGUACCAGUAAAAUAGUUUGCAUUCACCGAUCUUCCUCCUAUUCCACACCACUUAUCCAGUGAAUUGUAAACCUUUUUCCGUCACCUCUUUCCCUCUCCCAAACACUCCAAAUACAACAGGAAAACAUUUAAGUGACUUAUUAGAAUCAAAAUCCCAGACAAAACAGUUUGUCACUCAAGUACAACUUAUAUUUUAUGUUAUUUUACUAAUUAAAUGUGUAAUUUGUGAUAUUUUAAAGUUAGAGUUCAUUGUUACAUUAUUUUAAGUUUGCCUGAACAAUGUAUGAAAAUAAAUGUUACUUUAGUUAUACUAGUCAAAUAAAGCUAAAAUGAAAUUAGGGGAAAUUUACUUAAAUGUCGGGUAAAAGAAUUUGGGAAUGUUUUGUUUUUGUGAUAUCUUUAUCAAAAUGUAAUUAAUUUGUUUAAGGAAUUAUUAUAUUCUUGUAAAAUGUAUAAUAAACUUUGAUGACAGUGUUACUUGUCUAA